AUGGCAACUCAUCACAACAAGCAUGACAUCGACCAUGUAUACAACCUAAAUGCUCAAUUCACCAGUAAUAAGAGGAUAGACAGGUUUGAUACUCGUCUCGACACACUCUGGGACACUUUACAGGAACUGGGAUGGUCAUAUGAGACCAUACAGAUCUCACAAAGACAUGUGUCUAAUCAAUUCAGAGAGAUACAUGAAUACCUCAUGGUGAGGGAGCAGGAGCUCAUGAAAUCACUCAAUGAUGAGUUGGAGAAGACUACAACAUCAAUCAACAACAUCAUCAAUGAGAUUUCCAUCAUCAACGCCAACUCGUACCGACACAAACCAAAGGACCAUGAUGAUGAAGGCGUUGUUGACAUUGAGAGUAUGAACAAGAUAGUUCAAUCAAUCCAAUCAUCAAAGUCAAUGGAUCAGUUCGUGGACAAGGAGUUCAAGUCUUCCGAUGAGGUGAAGUGGUGCGAUGAUCAAUUGAUGGACUUUGUUCGAAGAGGUUCACAGGCCACUCAGACCGUGCACCCUGUUACCAUACCAAUUCGAAAGGAGUUUGAAGCCUUCAACAUUGAGACAGGUAUCACGAAGCUCUUUGAUAGUGGCGUCUACGAUGAAGAGCCAAUCAGGAUUGAACAUGGCUUCAGGAAUCACAUCUUCUCACUCUCCAAAGACUCAUGUUCCAUGCUCGCAUUGGACACUGGCGAGUGGACAGUGAUCAAUGACAAGUGCACACCAAGAGGUGACAUAUCCACAUCGGUUGUAUACGCACGAGGCAAUGUCUAUGUGUUUGGCGGUGAAGGAUCACCCAACACCUAUUCUCGCUUCUCACUCAUCGAACAGAAGUGGUACAACGACCUGGAGAUCAUUGGUGUCGAUGGUGGUGUCGGCAUAUCAGCAUGCUACGAUGGCGAUCAACACAUCUACUUGAUCGGUGGACUCCACAGAAGCAGACUAUUGAAUCGAAUUGAUAAGUUCAACAUUGACACUCAACAAUUCUCCUCAGUUGGACGGAUGAAAUUUGUGACCAAAGGGUCUAAAUCAUUCUUCCGAUUCCAUUUGAACGAGCUGUAUGUCGUUGGUGGCAAUGUUGAAACUUACUCAACUAAGUUACUCAAAGAUAUCCUGUUAUUCGACACGAGCACCAAGUCAUGCAAUAUCUUCAUCCCCAAUCCUUUAAGCAAGGAUUGGCACAUCCAGGCUUGCUAUGAUGACAUGCAUCAUUUAUUCAUCAUUGGCAACAGUUCCACCCAAUUUGUUAAUUUAAGGUACACCAGCAAUACAUCACCUGGUAAUUCUCACUGGUCAUGUCUAUACACUCAAUCACAUGGCUUAGUGGCGCUUGGUGGAAGAGGACACAACUCAAGAUACUCAGUGUUUCAAAACAAAUGGAUACCAUUAGAAGACAAUGACCCAGUGGAAUCAAGGGAAUCAUUUGGAACAUGUCCCAUAUAUCAU